AUGAGAUCUCAUCAUCCUCCCUCCUUAUUCCUCCUCAUUUCCCUCCCUCUUUUCUUCUCCUUCUUCACUCUCCAACCCACAACCAGCUCCGCAACCCUAAUCCGCGAUACCUGUAGACAGUGCUCCAAAACUGACCCGAACCUCGACUACGAGUUCUGCACGAAUUCCCUCGAAUCCUCGCCCUACAGCCGUCGCUACUCCUCCGAUCUCCACCAACUCGGCUUGCUCUCCUUCAACCUAACCAGGCACAACGUGACAAGCACUAGGAAUUUCAUCAAACACCUUCUCAAGAACAACAAGGAAAAGAAGCUUGAUCCUUAUGUCAAGGCGUGUUUGAACGACUGCUUGGAGCUUUAUACCGAAGCGCUUCGGUCGAUCAAAGACGCCGAAAAGGAUUACAAAGCUAAGGAAUAUGAUGAUGCCAACAUUGCUUUGAGUUCUGUCAAUGACGCUUCAACAACUUGUGAAGACGGUUUUAAUGAGAAGGAAAAGGUGGUGUCGCCAUUGACGAAGAGGAACCGCUAUACGUUUCAGUUGACUGUUAUUUCUCUUUCCAUCAUGAAUAUGCUUACUUAA